AUGUGCUGCUUCGCUCAGAGUCAAAUGCAGUGUCAAUACAUCGGUUUCCGCGUCAAGUUAUGCUCAACACAACUUGGCGAUGUUGAGGGGACAGUCAACAAAGUUGCAGAAAAUAGGAUUGAGUUAUCUCAAGCCAUAAUGAAUGGGAAAGGUUUGCCCAUUCCGUCACUUGUUGUUGAGAGCCAAUUCAUCCAGAACAUAAGAAUACUGUCUACCGGAGGUGGGGAUUCUUCUGACGAUGUCAGUCCCAAGAAGGAUGAUCCUGGUAGUAGUGGCCGAGCGCAACGGCGCGAAAUGCUCCGAAACAUGCCAAACGCAUGCAACGCAUAUGUUUGCCCCAGUUCACCACCACUCAUUCAUCGUUCAACAGGUAUUCCAGUACAGCAACCCCAUCACAACGGAAGCCCAGGCAGAUGCGUUACUUCCAAUGUGAAACAAUCAGAUUCCGCGUUCUCACGAGUCACCAUCGAUGACAAGGUGGAUCGCAAACAACCGAAACACAAACAAAGCAUGACUCCUAUGAAAAGGCGAAGUCGGUCGUUUUCAGAAGUGGUUCCUUCGAAUAGUGAUAUCUCUGGUGCGGAAAGUGACUCCUUUUACCGGUCGCAUCCUCAUAAUAUGCGAGGACUCCACCCUACUGCAACCAGACAUGGUUUGAAUCGGCCUCAUGGCCGUUGCGGAGGCGGGGGAGGUUCGAUAGGGAUCAAUAGAGGGCCCGGUGGNCCGCCUUCUUUAAGCCAGUUGGAAGAAGGUCCUGACGGUGUUGGUUUGCCUCUUAUCGGAAAUACUCGGCAUUCGGAACGUUCUGAAUCUUCUCGUGCAGUCUACUAUAGCGAUGCGACAUUGACCACCAAUACACCGACAUUAUCUUCUUCGAGACAACGACACGAGCAUCACGUUCCUUACUACCAUCCAUCGCUUCAGUCAUCCACCGGCGAAAUACGUGACGUCGGUUGUGCGACUAAUGUGAGUUCAUACUCACACGUAGCUUGCACAACCCGUCUAAGUCAGUCUCACCCUCGCUUCUGGUACUCAUCCACUGGAUUUCGAGUCCCUAUCUUGUCAACCGAAGAUCAAGAUCGAAUGCUCCACUACCUAGCUACUGGUCGUGACUCGCAUUGUCUUACCGAGUCCACGGCUACUCAUGAACUACCUGCUCUGGCUCAGGGGCUAUCCUGGGGUCGCCUGUUGGAAACAGCCGGGCGCUCUUUGGUAGAUCAAAUCAUGACGCAUGUGCGUCAAACGACUCAAACUCCGCAAAGGUCCUCACACCGUCCUCCACCACGUGUCCUCGUUCUCUCCGGUGGAUCACACUUGAGUGGAGCAUUGUGCAUCACACUUGCUCGGAUUCUGUCUAUGCGUGGUGCGUGUGUGCUUGCAUUCGUACCCAAGUGUUCCUUGACGGACACUCCGACCAAAAACACUGGAGUCACAGGAGGCACGUCCGCAAUUUGCAGAACGGAGCUAAAUCUGACCUUACAGUUCGCCCCUCGUCCUAGCCACUAUGGCUUGGAGGAUGAGGAUGAAGAUGAGGGUGGCAAGUCCUUAGAUGACUAUGAAGAAGAGGAAGAGGUCGAGGAUAACGCUGUAUCUGGGGCAUUUGAUUCAUCUUCCGCAGUGAAUACGAACGCCAAAGCUGACUCGGAUCGCGCAAGCUGUUUCACUUUGGAUCAACUAGUGCAACAUGGCCAAAUAACUGACCCACUCGAUUACAGUCCGGUUCAUCGCAUGUGGAUCAGUCGAAUGCCUGGAUUCAAGUUGCUUCAUCGCCCUUCUUCCGUACUCAAGAUUCCCACCAACGUUCGUAUCGAUUUAGUCAUCGUUGGUCAUGGGCCCAGUGAUGCGAUCGAAAUGAAUUCACAUUUGUCGCAUUGGCUUCAACAGCACCAGGCACUCUCUUAUAUGGUUCACGUCAUGCCUCGCACAAACGUUUUUAAGGAACCCGCCUAUUGUAAUGCAUCAAGCCAUUGGAUUGUCGAACUCGGUUUACCAGUACUUCUGCCGUCUCAACUGGUCGAUCCGUCAUCCGAAUCGGCAUCAAACAACUCGACCUCUGGCUCGCGCACGAUCUCACACUUGUUAGUGGAUGUAGGACUGAGUCGAAACUUGGUUCGACGGCUAACCAGUGACUUGAAAUCAUUGCCGCCUUACGGUUUAUUCGAUACAGGUUCAGUGGUCACUCUGUGUGCGGAUUUGAGUUCCAGUGUGCCACCAAGUUCAUAA